GCUGCAUCACCCACCACAACAGCAGCACCAACCACAUCCACUGUGGCACUAUCCACAACAACAGCUGCUCCAACGACAGUAGCUCCACCAACAACAACAACUGCUGCUCCAACCACAGCAAACACUGCACCAACUACAACAACAGCUGCACCAACCACAACAACUCCUGCUCCAACCACAACCACUGUGGCACCAACCACAACAACUCCUGCUCCACCAUCGACAACAGCUGCUCCAACAACAGCAGUAUCUGCUGUGACCACAGCCACAGCCACCGCAUCUGCAACCACAACAACUGCUGCACCAACAAUGACAACAGCUGCUUCAACCACAACCACAGCUACCCCAACAACAAGCCCAGAUGCUCCAACAACAUCAACAGCCUCACCAACCAUAAAAUCACCUCUAACAUCAGCUGUUGCUCAUACCACAAUACCUGUUUCAACAGCAUCAUCAACAACAACAACAGCUACUCCAAAUCCAAGCACUGCGUCAACAACCAAAACAACAGCUAGUGCAAAAGCGAACAAAAAGGAGGACGCUAGCUUAACACUGGAGGCUAUCACCAUGCUGCUCCAGCAGCACCGAGAUGAGUUGGCAUCUGAAUUUAAGACCUCAAUUAACGCCCUCGAUUCAAAACUGGACCAGGUACGACAAGCCCAAGAGGAACAGGCCGAGAGAGUUUCAUUCUUGGAGCUUGCAACUGAAGACCUGAGCCAACGUGUCGCUGACCUUGAAAACACGUGUGCCGCUCUUCGCGAAGACAACAACCAGCUAAAGAACAAAGUCACCGACCUGGAGCGCCGUAGUAGGCGUCAGAACAUCCGCAUCCUUGGACUGCCUGAAGACACUGAAAGUGGGUGCCCCACUCACUUCUUUUCCAACCUUCUCUGUGAGUUAUUGGGCAAAGAAAUGCUUCAGUCUCCACCGGAGCUCGAUAGAGCGCACCGCUCCCUCGCAGCGAAGCCGCCCGUGGGACGCCCACCUCGCCAGGUGAUCAUCCGCCUGCACCGAUACCAGAUCAAGGACCUCAUCAUCCGAGAAGCUAGGAGGAGGGGGAAAUUCGACUACCGAGGCGUGCCUAUCCAAAUUGUGAAGGACUACAGUCCCAAGGUCCUCAAUCAGCGGGCGCAGUACAAGGACAUUAUGUCGGAGCUCUAUGGGCGAGGCCUGAGGCCGGCUCUCCUCUUCCCAGCACAGCUUCGCAUAACGCAGGCCAGCGGUGCCAGAAAGUUUUUCAGCUCCGUGGAUGGACCAGGCUCAACAGUACAUUGA